UAGCUAAAAUGGUCAUUCGCUCUGAUUCUUGCUGCUGCUCCUAAUGAGGAAUUUCUGUGUGUGUAUUGAUUUUGUUAAUGUACUGAACAAAGUUUUGAAAUAAACUCACCGUGGCUCCCUGUGCUCUGUGGUUGUGAAUCCAGCAUGGUAGACAGGACAAUGGAAAUGGACUGGCUGACUUCAACUCUCUUCUCCUCACUAUUUACACUCCCUGAUCCCACCGUUUGCCCCAUGUCAUUUACAUUGUGAACACAUCCUAAUUUAAGCCUUUUUUUGGCUUUAAUUCCCUGUUUACUCUGUGCUUUCUCUCUUUCUCUGGACUUACAGAUAGUCCUUGAGAGCGACACCAACCAUGAUGGUCUGCUGGAUUUCCAGGAGUUCUCUCAGUACCUCCAGACUCACGAGAAAAGACUCUGGCUCAUGUUCCACAGACUGGACCGCAACAAUGACGGGCAAAUUGAUGUGGGGGAGAUCCAGCACUCACUACAAAAGCUUGGAGUGGAGGUUACCAUGGAACAGGCCUCCAAAAUACUGCAGAGUAUGGACAGAGAUGGGACUAUGACUAUUGACUGGAAUGAAUGGCGUGAUCACUUCCUGUUCAACCCUUUGCACAACAUGGAGGAAAUUGUCCACCACUGGAAGCACUCCCAUAUGUUUGACAUCGGGGAACACCUGACAGUGCCUGAUGAGUUUUCAGAGCGGGAGCGGCAGUCAGGUUUGGUAUGGAGGCAGCUGGUUGCUGGAGCCAUGGCAGGGGCAGUUUCCCGGACAGGAACUGCUCCACUGGACCGUCUCAAGGUCUUCCUGCAAGUGGGUAUUCACACUGUCCUGCCACUGAUACACACAUUUAGUUUACUAUAUAAUGACCUGAAAAGAGCCAGAGACAUUAGUCGACUUAAUGCUCUGUGUAAUUUCCAGUGAUUGUUGUUAUUGCUACACCCAGUCCUUAACGGACACAUAUUGUGAAACUCCACCUCUGUGAAGAGGUUUUUUUUCCAAAGUAUGAGUUUUGAACAUUUGAAGCCUCUUCAGCAACAAGAUUACCUUCCAGCUUUACAGCAAUUACUUCCCCUACUAUGUGCAUUCUGAGUAGAUGCUUCCAUGUGGUUGUUCACACAAAACUAAAACAAAGAAAGAUGCCAACAGGUAAGAAGGAAGAAAAACAUUAAUAAACAUUGAGAAAAAAACACUAGAUGAUCCAUUAGAAGUUCAAAAGACCAAAAUACGAUACAGCGAAGGUGCAAAGGAGUGUUCUUUGAACAGGCUGAUCCAUAUGAACACCAAGAUUGGUCACUUUUGUCAUUGGCUGUGUGUGGCAGGCAGGAAUGGAGGACCCAAAUACAGUCUCUCUGAGGCGAAAAGUGAACCCCAAAACAGCUUUAUUGCUGGACACAAGGAAAACUAACUAAACUGAGGAGUACAAAAUAACCUAGACAGACAGAACACACAGGAGGACAGAAGAAACAAAGGGCUUAAAUAGACGGAGAACACAGCUGGGGCUAACAUCACACAACGAGACAGGACACAAAGCUGAACAUAACACGUGAGACGAGGAACCUUCAAAGUAAGUGAAGCAAAACAGAACAUGACCCACAUGGAAGUAAUGGGAACACAAACUGACAUACACACACAGAUGAAACCAGAAAAUAACAGACGUGAAAACACAAGUGAGACAACGAGACACAAGAACACAGGGAAGGCACCAUAAAAAAACUGAGAACUACACAUCAGGAAUACUAAAUAUAACUAGGGGAGCUAGAAAUACAAAACUAAAUAACAGAAACACUAAAUCAAAGAACGUAGAUGAACAAAACCGUUUUCAGAAGCCACUGGGCAACUGUGGGUGCUUCUGACUUGAACCAGUAAAUUUUUAUCAUUUUUCUUGCAGUCAUGAGGAGGAAAUUUAGGAGAAAGCGCUGCUCAUAGGAGAAACCAUCAGGAAAGAUAUCCAAAAAAAAGAUCAGAGUAUCCAUUGGGAAGUUGACUGACAAUAUGUUUUGCAUAAUGUUCUUAACAUCUAUCCAGCUCUGUUGUAUGCAAACACAGUCCCAAAAGAGAUGCGUCUGGUCCCCCCAAACCCCACAAUUUCUCCAACACUUAUCACCAGAGAUGGGCAGUAAAAAAAUUGAAAAAAGUUGGAAAAAGU